AAGCGACUCACCUGCCAUUUACACCAGGGAAGAAAAUCUUGAGGAGUUCUUGCUUCAACAGUGUUUGAACGGAUCUUCUUCCUUCGUCCCGCUUUUUAUUUCAACUAAUCUGCAUUCCGGACACGAGAAGCCUUUUCUGUCAAGACAAAAUGUCUCAAAUACGUCAGAACUACCACAGCGACUGUGAGGCCGCCAUCAACCGGAUGAUUAACAUGGAGCUGUAUGCCUCUUACACCUACACUUCUAUGGCCUUUUACUUCUCCCGUGACGAUGUGGCCCUUCCAGGCUUCGCCCAUUUCUUCAAGGAAAACAGUGAUGAGGAGAGGGAGCAUGCUCAGAAGCUGCUGUCCUUCCAGAACAAAAGGGGAGGACGCAUCGUCCUGCAGGACGUCAAGAAACCAGAGCGUGAUGAGUGGGGGAGCGGGCUGGAGGCCAUGCAGUGCGCCCUGCAGCUGGAGAAGAAGGUCAACCAGGCUCUGCUGGACCUGCACAAACUCACCUCUGACCAUGUAGACCCUCAUCUGUGCGACUUCCUGGAGACCCACUACCUGAACGAGCAGGUGGAGGCCAUCAAGAAGCUGGGCGACCACAUUACCAACCUCACCCGCAUGGACGCCAACACCAACAAGAUGGCAGAGUACCUGUUUGACAAGCACACCCUGGAGGGCAAGAGCUAAACGCAAAGUCCCAGGAUGGAGCCUGGAGUGAAAAUCUUACUGACACGCAGGCUUUAAACUAAACGCAACCUUCUGCUCCAGUUCCUUUAUGAGCAUAAUUUGACAUCGAAUAGUCUUAUCCUCAGUUGAUAUGUUCUGUCGCUGUUUUGUCUAAUAGUGGAUGGAUAUUAGGUUUUGACUUUGCACUCAUUACCUAUAAACCUCCUCAUGACACUUUAACAACUGUGGUUCUGGUCUGAAUAAACAUUUUGAGCUGGA